GACUCUGCAUUUAAAUAUAGAUGUCCCUCACUCAUAGCCCUGCCUGCUGAAAGUAAGGUACUCCUUCCCAGAAUUCUUAUUGAGCACUUACAGAAUUUAGGCUUCUUUUGUAAUUAACCAGAGAAGCCAGUAGGAUAUGUACAUGUGACUGCUUGAUUGGGGCUUCUUAGAGCCUAGCUCGACAUGCCCAUCUUACAAGUCAUCUUAAAGUCAUUGGUUUAGCUGCUGUUGUCUUUAGUGUAUAGAAUUUUCAGCCCUAGUUCUAUAAACACCUAUUUGGGGAAGUUUUCUCUUUGUCAUUCCUACUUUUUCUCCCCUUCUCUAAGUGAUCUCAUCCCACUCAAUAAACCUUCGUAAUAAAACAAAAUAUGAAAAAAAAAUAUGUACAUCUCUUUACCUUCUGUUCUAUUGACUUCUAGUUCUGAGUUUGCGGUUUCAUUCCUGGGUUUUAAAGUGGCUUCAUGGCCCACACCAGUAUGAUCUUGCUUUUUGUAUCUUGAGUCUUCUCUGUCAUACUAAACCUAGGCUCCUGACCUGCAGGUGGAGACUUUGGGACUUGUCAGUGUUCAUUCCUUUAACAGGUCUGCACACCUGCUAAAUGCAGUUUUUGGAGGGAAACAGAUUAUAGGUGUAGUUCCCAACUUCAAAUGUUAUAAUGUGUCAAGGGGGAAAUAGAUUCAGCUGUAAGAAAAGCUAAGAUUAUGCUGGAUGCCAAAAAUUAGAUGCACCAGAGACCCUCUUUAGAGAAAGGAUGCUUCUGACUGAGGGGAUCCCAGCAGGCAUGUGAAAGAGGUAGUCUGCUAGCUGAGUCUACAUCACCAUUAUCCACUAGGAACAUGUCACCCCCAGCUACAGUUUUAAAUUUUCUAACAGUCUGGACUGUGGGCCGCCAGGGUCGGUGAAGGAUCUCAAGAUGGCUGGGCGAAAACUUGCUCUAAAAACCAUUGACUGGGUAGCUUUGGGGGAGAUCAUACCCCAAAACCAGAAGGCCAUUGCCAACUCCCUGAAGUCCUGGAAUGAGAUGCUUACCUCCAGGUUGGCUGCUCUUCCUGAGAAACCACCUAUCGACUGGGCUUACUACGAGGCCAAUGUGGCAAAAGCUGUCUUGGUAGAUGACUUUGAGAAGAAGUUUAAUGCCCUGAAGGUUCCUGUGCCAGAGGAUAAAUACACUGUCCAGGUGGAUGCUAAGGAAAAAGAAGAUGUGAAAAGCUGUGCUGAGUUUUUGUUCCUCUCAAAGGCCAGGAUUGAAGAAUAUGAAAAAGAGCUGGAGAAGAUGAAGAACAUAAUUCCAUUUGAUCAGAUGACCAUUGAGGACCUGAAUGAAGUCUUCCCAGAAACCAAAUUAGACAAGAAGUAGUAUCCCUAUUGGCCUCACAAGCCAAUUGAAAAUUUAUAAACUUGAGUUGAGGAGAAACCCCCGGCCCUCAUAUUAUAAACGUUGGACAUUAAAAAUAAUGAUACGGGAAAAAAAAAAAAAUAAAUAAACAAAUUUUCUAACAGUCACAUGAAAAAAGUAAAGAUGGAUUAAGGAACAUAUUACAAAAUUUAAGUCCAAUUUAUCCAAAAUUUUUUAAAAUUAGUGAUAGGGCAUUUUUGUAUUUUAUAGCCUUCAAAAUCUGGUGUAUAUAUUAUCCUCACAGCAUAUUUUAAUUAGGAUUAGCCCCAUUUUAAGUGCACAGCAGCCACAGUGUGCCUGUUGGCUUCUGGAUUAGACACUGGGUCUAGAGAAUGGGUUUUAAUGCUGCUGAUUUAGGGGGACAGUAACAAGGUAUUGGGGCUCCAGAGAUGCCUAGGAAAAGGGAGUAUUAAAGCUUGAAGUUUUUGAAGUAGACAUGGGGAGUGUUAGAAAUAUAUGGUGAGACCAGACCAUGGCAGAAACUGGGAUUUGAUUUGAGAAGUUACAGGGAACUGGGGUAUCCAAGGUUGAAAAGGGAAGAGAGGGGGUCCCUGGGUUGCUCAGUGGUUUAGCACCUGCCUUUGGCCCGGGGGGUGAUCCUGGGGUCCCGGGGUCGAGUCCCACAUUGGGCUCCCUGCAUGGAGCCUGCUUCUCCCUCUGCCUGUGUUUCUGCCUCAAUCUGUGUCUCUCGUGAAUAAAUAAAAUCUUUAAAAAAUAAAAAAAUAAAAGAGAAGAGAAUGGUAAUCUGAAGCAAGCAGCAGAGGAAGUGGUAAAAAUGCAAAGCCUUCUCACAGAAAAUUGCCUCAGAAUAUCUUGAUCCACAUAAAUACUCUGUAGGAUUGCCUCGGAGAAUUAGUUUGAGGUAGGAUUUCAUUCUAUUUACUUGUAUAUAAUCAAAUUCUUUUACAUGGCAAUUCUUAAGUGACUGAUUUAUGACGU